CGGAGGCCGCUUCUCCGGGCACCGGGCAGACCGGCCGCUGACACGGAGCGGGUGAGCAUGGAGGCCGCCAUCUUGGCGCGCUAGGGAUGCCGGGUAGCGUCCUGUCUGAGGAGCGGGCUGUAUCCGGUGUUAUGAACAAGAGUAGAAAUGACUGGCUGUCGCUGAAACCGGCGGAACCAACGCCUGCUCAGUGCUGCGGGAGCGGCUGCACCCCCUGCAUAUAUGACCUCUAUCAGGCUGAGCUGGAAUUGUGGGAGAAAGCGAAGGAAAGAGACGACCCCGGCCUCCUACAAAAGAUCAAAGUCAAAAACCACGAUGAUGUGCUGCUGAGUUCGGAGACAUUCACCGAGUUCACGCUGUGCUCCGUGGAUCGUGAGACAGAGGACACCGGUCGCUACAGAUUUCAGCUCCCAUCUGGAGUGAGUUUAGGACUGAAGUUGGGACAGCACCUCGUAGUAAGGGGUCUUGUAAAUGGAGUGGAGAUUCAAAGAGCAUACACCCCCAUUAGUCCUGUGGAUGUGAAGGGUCAUUUUGAAGUUUUAGUAAAGGUUUAUGAACACGGCUUGAUGUCACAGUAUGUAAAAAGCUGGAGAGAAGGAGACUCUGUAGCAUGGAGGGGACCAUUUGGAGGUUUCUUAUACAAACCAAAUACACACGGGGAGCUGCUUAUGCUUUGUUCAGGAACAGGAAUAGCCCCAAUGCUGCCAAUCUUGACCCAUGUGACAGACAAUGAAGACGAUGAGACCUUCAUAACACUGGUGGUCUGUGCUCGAAAUUUCCAAAAUGUUUAUCUGAAGAACUUUCUGAAGGAGCAGUCAAGAUACUGGAACGUCAGGAUAUUCUAUGUCCUCAGCCAAGAACAAUCCUUAGAAAAUCUGCCCAUGAGUUAUAAGGAGAACUCAAAACUUGGACGAAUAGACUCGGUGUUCGUGGCAAAGGUGUUGGAGACAUGCCGGAGAAAACCAUACAUACUCCUAUGUGGUUCGGUAUUCUUCACAGAGGACAUGACUCUUAUACUGACACAGCUGGAGCAGGACAGCUCAUCGAUUUUCUCUUUUUAACAUAUUUCUUAUAGUUUUUGCACCUUUUAAAAUACUGUUAUAACUUUGUUUUAAUAAAGCAUUGAAAAUGGUGAAGUCUGCAGUGAACACAGAAGGAAAUGGCUUGAUGCGGAUGAAAGAUCUGCGCCACAGGUCAAUUUCCGCAGAGAUUGGUUUCCCCACAGCAUGUAGAUGAGCUUUGUUAAAAUGUCAAAAACUUUGCUGCUACUGUAAUUCAUUGCAGAUCUUCCACUGCAAAUCUGGAUGGACAUUCUGCAGCAUGCCCGAUUCAUGUGAAUAUACCCUAAAAGUUUAGUGUGCUACAAUGUCUAUAUAGGGGCUCCAUUUCUUUUGUUUUUUUGAAGGCAAAAAUGAUGUAGAAAUAUGGCAGCUAGACGGUCUCGUUCAUGCUUUCCUCCACUGUAAUGCCAGGUUUUCAGGAGUG